UACGGUGGUGUAAUUAUCAGCAAGUGUUUUGAGUUGAGUGGCUCAUACUGUUGCAUCGACUCAUUUGGCACCGAUGUGGUGAGAUGCUUUGGGCACAGUAAAAUGAGCCGAUGAUCAUGUAUAGGACGUAGAGACUUUAGUGCUUCGGUGUAUGAAUGACUGGAGCUCAUUGCUUGGUUGUCGGCCUUUGACCUUGUUAUUGGAGCAGUUUCCUUCCAAACCGCAGGAGGAGAUGAACACCGCAGAGCAAGCGCUCAACAGAACAAGGGGCUCGGUGCAGAUUCAUCGGCAACGCUUGGAGCUUGUCCAGAAAUCGAUGGAGGAGCUGCAGGCAAAAAGUAAGAUUCUCGUGGCCGACUUUGCGACUGCAGAAAACAAUAUUGCAAGACAGUCCACCGAUUUGAGGACACUGCAAGAACUGGCCAGAGUGGAUGAUGCUGACGUUGCCAAGGCAGCUCAGGCCUUGGUGGAGGCUGAGGCGGACGUAACAAAUGCGAAAGCGGCCUACGUGGGCAGCACUUUAGCUGAUGCUCGUCGCCAAUGUCAGCCCACGGAGCAGGAGUACCAGGUGUAUCUUCACUUCCGGGAACUUGUGAGCUUGGCAAAGCACAUCGUGGUGCAACGACUCCUUGCUCUUCAAUUGGCAGACCAAUUCUGGGUGACACAAGAUCACAUUUUCCGAGACGCUCAGGCUGCUCAUGAAACUGUCCUUGAUGACCUUGCAGAUGGUGCCGCUGAAUUACAUGAACGAUCAGUCGUGCUGGCAGCUGCAGACACUUAUUCUUCUAGUGCGGAGGAUCAAGAGCAGGCCUUUCUAGAAGCACAAAGCCACUUCAUCAAGAGCCAGGAGAAAGUAGAUGAAGUCUUGGCAUUGAGACGCAAGGCUGACUUCGCCGCAUCUCACCAAUUGAGUGUGUACGGCAAAGCUGCAGAAAAUCUGGAUCUUGCCAAAAAACAUCUCCACAACAGGAGAAUGGCAUUGGAGGGAGCAACCAAUCAGACAGAUCAACUGGAAAAGGACCUCCUAGCUGCCAUUCAAGCUGAAGCGAUGGCAAACGAGUCUUUGAGGGCAACGAAGGUGUGGCAGAAGGAGUUCAACGCCUCUUUGCAGCUUGAGAGGAAAGAAGAAACUCUAGUUGAAGCCAAGCAUGAAGAGGACAAAAAAGCUGCCGCAAAGGCCGAAGUAUCCAAACAUGAAGCGCGGAUGCGGACAUUGUUGGAGACACAUAAGCGGCACUUGGCACUUCUUGAUACUCAGGUCGAGCUUCCCCAAAAAGACAAAGCAAAAGCUGAGGCCAAGAUUGCUUUCGACGCAGCUGAAAAAAACGUCGUGGAGGCGCAGUCAAAGCUGGACGGUCUCGUGAAGACGGAAGCCGAGACGCACGUAAAGAUCUCUGAAACGUACGAGGAGUUGAAUCGGCUGAAGAUCGAGCACACUGAAGCCGAGAGGGAGUACCAAGACCAGGACCCUGAAGACAGGAAAAGAAGUUUUACAACUUCACUACAAUAGGGUCAGGUGCAUAAGCCACCUUGCAGGAGUGGAACCUGAAAAGAUGUGCAGAUUUUCCGUGCUGGCUUUGACGCAAACAACGUUACUUCAG